AUGGUUUGUUGACGCCAUAGGCCUAAAAUUUGUCUCUAGCUGAUGACAGUCGAAUGUAGGUCGUGAAGUUAACUCUCUUUGGCCUUGCGAGGCCUUGGAGAAACUAUUUAAAUAAUUUUUAUAUAAAACAUUAUUCUAGGUAUUUUUACGUAGGUCUUUUAGUCGUAACUUAAUAUUUUUAAUGCUGAAAGCAAUUGUCAAACGCACAGCUGUGAUAGCUCCCUGUUGCCUUUAUAUUUUUCAUGGAUGAAAGUAGGCUAAACUUUCUUUAAAUGACAGUUCAGCCAAGGUCGCAUUGCGACGACUUACAUUUCAAUCAAAAUAAUUUUCUGUAAUAAAUCGGUUUCUUUUCACUGUACAGUUCAAGUUUAAUUACAGACUUUAAACAGAGUGAAUGGUUGAAGUUUUAUCAUCUGUAGAAAUAAAUAAAAAUGGCAAGGCAAAAAAAAUUCUAAUAUGAUGUCUUUGAAUAGCAAUAAAAGAAAAGGCAGAACAAAUGCAAAUAGCAAACUUGGGCGUUCUAAGGGAUAUAAUGAAAAAAUCAUGGCUUUUGAUGGUGUGUAUGGAAAUUCACGAUUAAUGCAUACAACAGCUUCCUUAGUGGGAUGUGUUGUCCAGAUACAGGUUAAAAAUGGAUCAGUUUAUGAAGGUAUUUUACGUACCUUUUCUCACCAGUUUGACCUAGUUCUGGAAAUGACACAUAAAGUGAAUUUAAAAAGCCCACCGGCCAAAGGUGUGGGGCCUGUUGUUUGUAACUUAUUAGCAUCCUUUCCAUUUGAAGAAGGUGUAUCAGAAAAAUUAAUAUUCAGGCUCAAUGAUAUAGUUAUGUUAAAGGCUGCAAAUGUUGAUACUGAUUAUGCUGUUAAAGAUAAUUUUACCGAUACUGCCAUAAGUAAGUAUAAUGGUCAAAUCAUCGAGAGAGAGUUAGAACCAUGGGAAGGUGCUUCCAGUGACUCUGAAACAACUGUAGCUCUAAUACCUGAAGAUGAAGAUGGAGCUAAUGGCUGGGAUGCUAAUGAUAUGUUCCGUACAAAUGCCGAAAAGUAUGGGGUAAAGUCAAGUUAUGAUAAUUCUUUGCAAGAAUACACAGUUCCAUUAACUAAAAAAGAUACAGAAGAAUAUAAAUUACAAGAAGCCAAGGCACUCAAAAUUGCUCAUGAAAUUGAAGCAAAUGUAUCAUACCAAACACGAAUUCAGUUAGAAAAUGGUGAUGAAGAAGAUAGGUUCAGUGCGGUCGCUAGACCAGAUGAUGCUGUUGCCUCCAAGUAUGUUUUACCACAAAAGAGGAGAAAUACACCAGGGCUUAAAAGGCAGCCUUCAACCACUGCUUCACCUGUCCACACCACUAGUUCAAAGCCUUAUCCAACGUUGCAUUUAAAUACAAAUGUAACUAUGUCUACUAGCCAGACAAACAAGCAAUAUAUACAUACACUUCCAGCUUCAGAGAAAUCACAAUCUCCUCCAUCAUUCCAUAGUUCUCCUGGACCAAAUAAUGCAACCAUGCCUAUGCCUUCUGUGCCAAAGGAUGCUGUUGAAAAGUCUUCGAAUGGAGAGGGUAUGUCUGAAAAGGAAGCUAUAAAAACAUCUUCCGUUUCCACUACUUUAGAAAAUGUGCCUGCGUUGUCUGGACAUUCAAAGCCACAUGUAUUAUGUCCUCCUCCUACUCAGACGUUACCCCCAAGAAUAGAAAGGCGAAGAGAAACUGAACGAAAGCUUUCAAAGCAAAAAGGUCGAAAUGAUGAAAUAGAAGAAUUCAAAAAGUUUAGUUCAAAUUUCAAACUGACAGAUGAAAAUAGAGACUCUAAUGAACCUAAAGACGAAUUUCAAAGUAGUGAGUUAAAGACAGAUCAAGCAAUGCUAGCUGAAAAACUAGCAGAACAAGUUAAAAUUGAUAAAGACAUUGAUGAAAAAUCUGCAAAUGUAGUUAAAUUUUCAAAUUUAAAUCCAAAUGCUAAAGAAUUUGUUUUUAAUCCGAAUGCAAAAUCUUUUACUCCGCGUUCUGCAUCUGUAACUAGCCCUCCAACACCUAUACCAGUACAGCCACAACGAAUGCAAGCUCAGAGCCCAGUUAUGGCAGUUCCACAUUCGCAAAUGAUUCCUGGUUUGCCACAGCCUAUCUUUACUGCUAUGGCUCCUCAGUAUGUUAUGCAGGCAGCACCUGUGAGUAUGGCUCUUACAACUCCCUUUGCUGCUGCAUCUCUAUCACAAGCUCCAAGAUUUAGAAAAGUACCUAUAACAAUGCAACCCAGGCAUGAAAUCACACCUCCCAUGCAUGUUGCUGCUGCUACUGGUCAACCAAUUCUAGCUCCAGCAGCUAUACCAACACCCUCACAGUUGACAAUGCAAUAUACAUCUCCACCUGGAAUGAUUCAUGCAUCUGGGCCACCUCAGCAGACAAUGGGAUAUCCUCAGAUGAAUUUUGUGGUCGGACCUCGAGUGGUUUCCCCUCAACCAGUGGGAGUAGUACCUACCUCACAUUCAGUAUCAUAUUGUGACACAUCACAUCUUCCAACGCAUUUAAUAAAUAAAUAUUGUAUUGCAGUGUCAGCCCAUCCAGGAGCAUCUAUAUCUGCUGCUACUGCUUCACAUUCUUUGCAACAAGGGGGGCAGCAUUCCAACCACUAUCCACCUCAGUCACAAACUCCUGUUGUGCAUCCUUCCCCUUCACCAGUCCAUCAGGUUCAAACACCUCAUGGAAAUCACUCUCAGCCGUCUACUCCAACUACUGUAAUGUAUCCUGGUGGUCCAAUCGGCCAACAUCCCCUCCAAGCAACUGGGCCUCACAACCACAAUCAGCCUUUGAACCAUCCAAUGCAUCAGGCCCAUCAUACUGGUUUCCCUGGUGGACCUCAGCCAGUGGUGCUAAUGCAACAACAACAGCCUGUGCCUGUCUCCCACCAUGGGCAUCAGACAGCUGCUCCACACCACCCGCUUCAUAUGCAUUCAAUACAUAGCCAGAACCCUGGAAAUCACAUAGGCACUCCGACUCACAUAUUACCACAAAUGACGAUCAUCCCAACAAGUGCUGCCAUGGUAUCUGCUCCGACUACAAUUGCCACACCGCCAUUUGUUCAACAUCCUCAAGGAGUUUAAAAUACAAAUAUUUUUUAGAAGAAUGAACAUUGGAAGAUUCUUGCUGAUAAUAAUCCUGGCAUACAUACAUUUUAUUUAUUAUAAAAUAAUGCUGUAAAACGUAAGACAUCAAGAUGAGACCAUAACUUAUAGACACUGAUAUACUAAUGAAAUUGCAUCUGCAAAGAGAGACAUUGUAGCCAGCUUUGAAAUAAAGCAAUUUCUUUUAUUAGA